UGGUUAAGAACACACGGCUUCAAACGACGUCGAGUCGUGCCCCGCAUUACUGUUUCUUCCAUUGCACUUUUUCUAUUUCCAAAACGAAAUUCAAAUUAGUAGAUCGAAGUUCCAAGCUUUCGCGACUUCAACAAUAAUCCUCAAAAACCUCUCUCGUUAUUCGAAUCUUCAAAUGGAUGACCAAACGCAGUCUAACAACAAGAAAAACGACGACUACCAAGUUACUGAACAACCAUCAGAACCUAAACCGUCGGUCGCCGGAGCCGGUGGUGGAAAUUGGGGUGGUUGGGGGUUUUCUCCGCUUUCCAUUCUAUCCGAUCUUCAGAAGGCCGCUGCCGUCGCUGCUGAAGAGAUCUCCCGCAAUGCUGCUUCAGUCGCAGAGACAGCAUCAAAGAGCAUUGCAGAGUUGCAAAUAACUGCUGAAGAUUCAGAAUCUCCCAAAGAGGAUGUAGGGGUGGAAGAAUCUGCAAAGGAAAGUGACGAUGAGAGCGAGGCCGCCCCAUUGCGAAGGUCUGCUCUGGAUAAAUUGGAGAAAGCUAGUGAAGAUUCACUGCUUAGCCAGGGUUUGAAGGUUUUUGAUAACUCUGUGGAGACUUUUGCUUCUGGAGCAUGGAGUGCUUUAGGAAAUGCGUGGAGAGAGGGCAGUGACUUAGUAUACAAGCUCGAGAAUUCAGCUUCAAACCUUGCAGGAGCUGCACAACAUGAUGGGCCAGGAGCUGCAGGUUCUAAUGCACCUUCCCUAUUAGAGACUGGAAAAGCUUUUACUGCAAAAGGAAUGCAAGUGCUUGAAUAUGUGGGUAAGGAGACAAUUGACUUAUUAAUCAGUGAAACUGGAAUUGAGGUUGAGAAGGCCAGUAAAGAAGGUGAUGGAGAUCAAUUAUCCGAAGAGGUGACAUUUGAUCGAUGUUUUUACAUUUAUGGAGGUCCGGAGCAGCUGGAGGAACUGGAGGCUUUGUCUAGUCAUUAUGCCUUGUUGUUUAACAGGAGAAAAACAAAACUAUCUGCAGAGCAAAAAUCUUUAUUUGAAGGGAAGCUUAAAGAGGUGCAACAAAUUUUUGAUUUGAGUACUGAAAUUGAUGCUGGUGCUGAUUCUAACAAAGGAAAAACAGUAAAGAGAGAGAAUGGGGGAAGCAGUGAUGAGAUAAAGAAUUUACAUGAUUCCAGUGUUGGCCAGGCUGCCGAAAUGGCUGCUGGUUUCACGAAUGCCUUGACUGGCCUAGCUGUUAAUGAUAUAAUUCAGAGAACUUCUGGAAGAAUAGACUCUCUUCAUUCUGAGGGAGUUCAUAGACUGUCUGAAAUGUGCUGUUUCGCGGUGUCACAAUUUCUUACGUUAAGCAAAUCCCUCAUUUCUCUUGCCAACAAAACUGAGGAUGAAGAAAUUGAUGCCGAUAAGGCUAACAUAGAGUGGCCUGAAGACGCUUCUGCAAAAGCUAAGAUCAUAAGGAUAAAUACCCAGACAAUGAUUGGAUAUUUGGAAGCAGUUUCGAACAGUUUUAUUACAGGCAUAUCUGAUGUAUCUGAGGCCUAUCAAGCUGCCAUUAAAGGUGUUACUGCCGAGUCUCCCACAGAUGUUCCCAAGGUAUCAUCAGUUAAGGAAAAAGCCGAUUCUUUCUCUCAACACCUUCGAGCUGACCAAACCACAGCAAUAAGUAAAAUCCAGGACGGGGUGCAAUUUUUAGCUCACGUUGUCCUUUCAACUUCAAUGAAUGCUGUUUGAACACCAAUGUUUCUAUUUUGUAAAUAGUUCAGGAUUUAAUUUCAAAAGUGAUACCACUCAACUAUGCCGAGCAGAUUUUUAGCUCAUAUUGAUGAUUGUGCGGUACAGGCACUCUUUAGUAGUGUUUGAACUGGGACAGAUUUGUCCUGUAAAAUGUAAUACGUAGUCCUUUUUUCCCUUUAUUUUCUCAAACCAUCAAAUCAGUUCUUAUAUUAGAUGUAUGCAAUUUUUAUUUUUAUUGAA